AUGCUCACCAAGGAGCUUGGAACCCCAGUGGCUACUCCUGAGAAGCGUGUUAAGAGUGAAAACCGCGAUAUAGAGAUGAUCACAUUGUCACCAGUCGCCGGCCACAAACGACGCUUUAUCAGCACCUUCGGCCCGGCUCCAUACUUCAUUGGGGAUCCCCAGCCCGCUCCGGAAACCCACGACCAAGUACUGCACAGCCACGGUAUAAAGAGUGAAUAA